UGAGCAAAACAAGAGAAUUUCAUUUAAAAUUAUAGAAGCAUUUACAGCAGGCAGAUUUAUGUAGCUGUGAUGCCGAUUCAGUGAAAACCAGUGAGCUUAGAAUGGUCAAAUCUGGAAUAAAUUGUUGUAUGAAGGCUAAAGACUCUUUAAAACCUGUUUGAUCGACUAUAACUUCAUGAAUAUUUGAAGGUUCUUGGCUUGUUGAAGAAAGCAGCUGUUUCUUUGGAGAGAAGUUCUGGUUCUGAUGGAUCAAAGUCAUAGUGAUGACAAAAUGUAAGUAAAACCAUGAAUUAUCCUUCAGAUUCCAUCCAUUCCUACGGAUCAAUGUCAGUCAAUUUCCACCAUAAGUCAGAAGUUCCGUGCAUCACGAUAUCGAUCAGUUCUUCAUAAAAGUCAUGAAUACCAACAACUUUCAUCAGUUCUGACGCAACAACAAAACCUAACGUUGUAAACCAAGGACCUCCCCAUAACCAGUUCUGAUGUAACGAUGAAACGCCGUAGGUUGAGGACGCCAUAAACCGAGGACCUCCUGUACCGAUCUGCGGUUCAGUCUUAAAUGCUCAGAAACUAGUUUCAGAAGAAUAAAGUCACUAAAUCCUCUGUCUGUGUGUUCGUCUUCACAGUUUCUAUGAUUGAUAGGGUCCAUCCGGUCCUGACAGAGUUGGUUUCUUCAGGUUCAGCGUGACCACCAGAGAACAGUCCAUGUACCGACCAAUCAACUCUGGUUCGGCAGAGCAUUUGGAAAGAAGCUCCUAAAGCAGAGAGGAAGGAAACCGACAGUGACACCUCGGCUAAAGGAGCGCUUCAUCCAACAGACUCCUCCAGAAAGAAACAUCUCACUGUUUUUAACCAACAUGAGUCCAAACUGGAAAUCAACCCUCAACUCAAGAUGAACCCUUAUGUGACGUCUCACUUCAGGAGGGAUCUAUUUCCCCAUUUUCAUUUGUUGUAGACUCCCGUCCUCCCCGCUGUGAAUCGGAUGACUUCUCCUCUAGUUGUUAAAUCAGUAUCUGUUCAGGGUUGAGGACUGGUUUUGUUCUGUUCCUACACGGUUUAAUUUGCUCCAGACUUUUAGACAUUGUCAGGACUCAGUGGUAGUGUGAUCUGGAAAUGUCUGGGAAGGUAAAUACUACCACUGCUGACGGAUGUUUUUGCACAUUUAGCUCAAAUUUUAAGAAGAAAUUCUGCAAAAUGGAGGCAUUUUAAUCCCUCGCUGCAUGCUCCUCACAUCGCACUUUCUUUUGCAAGUUGUUGUCGCCUCAUUUCUUAGCCGUUCUUUCAACUGUGGCACCUAAAAACCUCCAGAAAAAUGUAAAACUGCUCCGACCUGUGCACUUACCCUGUCAGAGGCAGAUCAAAGUAAUCUGUUGUUUUCUCUCCUUCUUCUUCUUCUUCUUCUUAUCUCCUGUCAGGUGAAUUCUCAGCCAUAAUGCUGAGCUCUAAUGAUGUACGUCUGUUCUGAGGCUGUCGCAGGUGAUUGUUAGCAGUAGUUUGUUAUUCAGGUCUUUGAACAAACUGACGAUGGCCGACAGACAGAUAUGCAGACACUCGGAUAGAACGUGUGAAAUUGUCAAAGCAGUGACAUGAUUGGGCAAAAAAAUGGCAAACAAGAUGUGGUUCUUCCAGCUGGGCCCGUCUUGUUGGGCAUUUCUUUGAGAAACUUCUAGAAAAAGUCAGCUGAAGCAUUUGGAUAUUUGAUUCUGCAGCUCAGACCUGCUGAGUAGCAUUUAACUGGAUUGUGUUUUUGUUUCCUCAUGCCCGUACCACCGGGAAGAACAUCCAUCGUAAGAACUGGCAUGUUUUCUCCUUAUUCCACUGCAUGUUGUUGUCCAGUCUGAGGUUAGCUUAGCUUCAUCUGUAUGUUCUGAAACCUCUCCUGCAUCAUCAGUGUUGAUCAGAACCCUACACGCUGUUCCUCCUGUUAGGAACUGAGCAGAACCAAACCUGCAUGUUUCUCUGAUGCACUUUCAGUCACUGAAUCCUCGGGCUGGUUGACAUCCUUCUUUUCAGCUUAUCUUGCUGCACAUCCUUUACUGAUUGGAGGACACUAAAUUUUGUUGAACCUACCUGGACGUUUGCUGGAAGAAUAAACUGAGCAGGUUAUUGAGGUCAUGAUGGACUUGCAGCUUUCUCCUCACUGAGACUAAGGACUUGUUCACCAAACAGACUUUCUCUGACACACUGAUAAUCCAUAAACUCUGAGAAUCUUGUAUGAUGGGAGCGGCUCGAGUGAAACGCCGCUUCAGCGCUGUGGUGGAUGGGCCGGUGGAGGAGGAGGAGGUCAUGAGGCUGGCUCAGAGCGCGGCGGACACGGCCGGAGCAGGCGGGAGUCCAACCGGCUCCGGCAGCCCGACCGGCCCGUCACCGACCCUCAACGGCAGAGCUCUUCCCCUGCAGAGCGCUGGUGCUCGGAGGCAGAGCGCCAUCGGGGAGGCAGCCGGGGGAGAUGGAGGAGAAGGUGGGGUGAGAUCGGGGCGAGGCGGUGGUGACAGGGGGAGAGGGUGUGGCCACUCGUCGUCCGACCAGGAUUCGCUGUCUUCCCCCUCCGUCGCCAGCCGCCGGCGCAGCAGGCGCUCCAGCCGCCGGCCCCGACAACGCUUUGUGGGCAAGGACGGACGCUGCAACGUCACCUUCGUCAACAUGAGCGAGAGGGGCCAGCGGUACCUCAGCGACCUCUUCACCACCUGCGUGGACAUCCGCUGGCGCUGGAUGCUGGUCAUCUUCACCCUCUCCUUCCUGCUCUCCUGGCUGCUCUUUGGAUUCGCCUUCUGGCUCAUCGCCUCCGCGCACGGGGAUCUCUCCGUCCGCCUCACCCCCGGCACGGGCUCCUCUCCCGGGGGGUCGGGAGAAGCCGGCUCCGGAGGCGAGUCCGACAGAGAGGCGGCUGUGGAGGAGCCGUGCUUCCUCCAGGUGAACAGCUUCAUGGCGGCCUUCCUGUUCUCCCUGGAGACGCAGACGUCCAUCGGUUACGGCUUCCGGAGCGUGACUGAGGAGUGCCCCCUGGCGGUGGUGGCGGUCGUCUUGCAGUGCAUCGUGGGCUGCAUUAUCGACGCCUUCAUCAUCGGGGCGGUCAUGGCAAAGAUCGCCAAGCCCAAGAAGCGCAACGAGACGCUGGUGUUCUCCGACACGGCGGUGGUGGCGCUGAGGGACGGAAAACUCUGCAUGAUGUGGAGGGUCGGAAACCUCCGGAAGAGCCACCUGGUAGAGGCUCACGUCCGGGCACAACUACUGAAGUCCAGGGUGACCCCAGAGGGCGAGUUCCUGCCGCUGGACAACGCCGACAUCAACGUGGGCUUUGACACUGGGACCGACCGGAUCUUCCUGGUGUCGCCCGUCACCAUCGUCCACGAGAUCAACGACGAGUCGCCGUUCUUUGAGAUGGACCGCCGGAUGCUGGAGAGCGACUCGGAGCUGGAGGUGGUGGUGAUCCUGGAGGGCAUGGUGGAGGCCACGGCCAUGACCACCCAGUGCCGGAGCUCCUACCUGGCCUCUGAGAUCCUCUGGGGACACCGAUUCGAGCCGGUGCUGUUUGAGAGGAAAGACUGCUACCAGGUGGACUACUCGUUUUUCCAUCGGACCUACGAGAUCCCAAACACUCCGUCCUGCAGCGCCAAAGCACUCGCUGAGGAGAAAUACAUCCACAGCUCCAGAUCGUCCUUCUGCUAUGAGAACGAAGUGGCUCUGCAGCUUGUCUCUCCCGAGGACGAUCCGGAUCCGGAACCGGGGCAACGCUCGCCUCCAACCCGGAGAUCCUCGCUGGUGGAACACCUUCACUACAACUGAACCUGGAAGAUGGAGUUUAGGGAAGUAGAGAUGAAAAGACGAUGACAGAACCAGAGAUUUAGAGGAGACAGAACCAGUGGAGGGUAAGGGCUAGAACCAGUGGUGAUAGAACCAGUGGCUAUAGAACUGGAGAAGGUAGAACCUGUGGUGAUAGAACCAGAGGUUAGACAGGAGAUAAAACCCAGAUUUGCUCCAGAACUCUGCAGAAAUGAGGAAGGAGAACGUCUGGGUUCUGAGUCGGUUGUCUGAUUGGUCCUGGCAAUCUUUAGAAUAAUUGAAAACUCGUCUGCUGAAUCUCACAUCUGGCCCAUCACCACCACAGCGCACAUCUGGUAGGACAUGCAGCAGCGCCCCCCAGUGGCUGUAUCCUGUAACUGCAGCACGAUUUUCCACAGUUUGAGGAGCUUUCUGGAAUGUUUCUUUUAUUUCCUGGUGGUAAGUAUCGCAGCAGAGCGACGUCACGGAGAAACAGCUGGAAACUAGCAGCGGUUUCCACCCGUUUGUUCCCGUGUGAUGUUGUUGGCUUUGUUUUUAUUUUUUGUAUUUUGUUCUGCAAAGUGCAAAAAAAGUCCUCUGCUUUCUUUAAUGUGACGUUAGUGUUAAACUGAAUGAAGCAGGUGAUGUCUGCAGCGUUUCCUGCUCUUCUGUCUGCAGUUUCUUCUUGUAUUUUCUCGCUGUUGUUUUGUUCUUUUGGAUUCUUAUGAACUGAUGAUAAAUGAAGUGUCUUGGAGGACUUUUAAAGCCACAGACUGGUUCCUAUAAACGCAGUUAAGACGUUCAACGUCUGAGGAUGACGUUUCUCGACUGAGAAACCUGAAACUAUGCAACCUUUUCUGCACAUUAUUCUGUAUUUUUGUGCUCCUAAACUGUUUAAUGUUGAUGUUGGUUCAGCAGGCGGUGCCUUCAGGACAGAGAUUCACAUGCAGCAGUUUUUUUCAGGUUGUUUUUAUUGUGCGUUUUUGAAGAACGCUGUUUUUAUUUUCAGUCACUUUAACACAGGGGAGUCAAACUCAUCUUUGUCCAGGUUCACAGUCUGAUCUCCAGUAAAACCAGUAAAACCACAGCAUAAUAACCUCUAAAUAACCACAACUCCUCAUGGUUCCUUUGUUUUAGUGCAAAAUGUUCACAUUUAAGAAACUAUCUUUUUACAAAACAUAAAUGAACAAUCUGACAUUUGUUUAGAAAAAUAAGUUCAGUUUCAUCCACAUUCAUCCUCAGUUUAUCAUUUCCACAUUACAACUUCCAGAUCACAGAGUGUCUACAAAGGAACACAACAUUUAGUCACCUGGAACUGAACCAUGGAGGACUUACUGGAAAAAAGACAAAAAAAUCAAAAACAAGUCAAAAGAUUACAAUGAUGAGACACAAAAUGACAAAAAAAAAUCAGACAAAUGACACAAAACAAAACAAAAAGAGACAAAAAAUUUACAAAGCGACAAAAAAGGCAAAAAUUAGACACAAAAUGACAAAUGAACAAUCUAGUAUUUUACUUUCUGAUCUAAACAACUUGUCAUGGUCUAGAAAUUAUUUUAAAUUCAUAGUUUUACUAAUUUACAAUCUGCAGUUAAUGUCUUCUCUGUAAUUUUUACACUCUGAGGGCCGGAUUGGACCCUCUGGAGGACCACUUUAGGCCCACGGGCCUCAUGUUGGACACCCCUGGUUUAACAUCUGCAGUAGAACAGACUGAGGAGCUUUUAGCCGUUCUAUUUGUCCUCAUAGAUGCACUUUGUCGGCACCUGGAAUGUUUCUGUUCAUCUUGAACUUUGGGAGUUUUUCAGACUUUGUUAACCAAUAAUCUGUCGGAGCGACGCACAAACCAGAGACGUUUUCACUCUGAGGUGGAGGCUGAUAUCAGCUGAUCAUGUUUUCUGUUCUAAUCAUGCUGUUCUAUGUUCUAUGUUCCACCCUGUUCUAUUUCUGGGCCGCCCUGCCUCCACCUCCACCGGAUGAAACCUGAGCUCUACGCUGCUUUUUAAAACUCCAGAAAGAAUCGCUCUCCGGGACGUUUGGUUUUUCACUGUUUGUGUAAAAUAAAAGCACCUGUUUUAACAGAGAGAGAAGAGUAAGAAAAGCUGUUCCUACCUUUCCUAGGUGAUUUUUCUGAAGACGUUCAUCUGAGAACCGACUCUCUACUGUGCUGGAGAGAAAAUAAAACAGAUUCAAUCACA